AAGGCGUCCCGCGCGGAAGCAGCCGGGAGAAGCGGGGCUCUGCCAAGCGCCGCUCCGGGCGCCUCCGUCUCGGUGGUGGCGCGAGCGUCGCGCAGGCGCGCCAGGUGCGGCCGGAGGAGGGGCUGUCAGCGGCCAUGGCGGCGGCCUCCGUGAUGUGGGGCCGGGCGGUGCUGGCAGCUGCCCGGCGGCUGAGGGACGGCGGGGGAGGCCGCCGCGGGGUCCUCGGAGCCGCCGCCCAGGUCCUUGGUGGUGGUGCAGGCUUGUUGAAAAGCCACGGGCUUCAAGUGCAGCAGCGAAGGAACUUGUCACUGCAUGAAUACCUGAGCAUGGGGCUCCUGAAGGAAGCCGGCAUUGCUGUUCCCCACGGAUUAGUUGCCAAAUCUCCAGACGAAGCUUUCCAGGUUGCAAAAGAAAUAGGAACAAAGGACCUGGUUGUAAAAGCACAAGUGUUAGCUGGUGGCCGAGGGAAAGGAACCUUUGAAGGUGGCCUUAAAGGUGGAGUGAAAAUAGUCUUUUCUCCAGAAGAAGCACAAGAGAUUUCCUCCAAAAUGAUUGGGAAAAAGUUGUACACCAAGCAGACGGGCGAAAAAGGCAGGAUAUGCAAUCAAGUAUUUAUUUGUGAGCGAAGGUAUCCCAGGAGGGAAUAUUAUUUUGCUAUAACAAUGGAAAGAUCGUAUCAAGGCCCUGUGCUCAUUGGCAGUUCUCAAGGCGGUGUCAAUAUUGAAGAUGUUGCUGCAGAGAACCCUGAUGCGAUAGUUAAAGAACCUGUCGACAUUGUGGAAGGCAUCAAAAAGGAGCAAGCAGUAAAGGUGGCUGAGAAAAUGGGAUUUCCUGCAAACUUAAUAAAUGAAGCGGCUGAAAAUAUGAUUAAGAUAUAUGACCUCUUUAUUAAAUUUGAUGCCACAAUGGUGGAAAUUAAUCCCAUGGUUGAAGAUUCAACUGGAAUUGUGAUGUGUAUGGAUGCAAAGAUAAACUUUGACAGCAAUGCAGCUUAUCGUCAGCAGAAAGUCUUCAGCUUGCAGGACUGGUCCCAGGAGGACGCGAGAGACAGGGACGCCGCCAAAGCGGACCUCAACUACAUUGGGUUGGAUGGAAACAUCGGCUGUCUGGUGAAUGGGGCUGGUCUGGCAAUGGCCACAAUGGAUAUAAUUAAACUUCAUGGAGGCACUCCAGCAAACUUCCUUGAUGUUGGAGGUGGUGCUACAGCACAGCAAGUAACAGAGGCCUUUAGACUUAUCAAUUCUGAUAAAAAGGUACAAGCUAUUCUAGUAAACAUUUUUGGAGGCAUCAUGAGGUGUGAUGUGAUUGCACAAGGUAUAAUUGUGGCAGUGAAAGAUUUGGAGCUAAGAAUACCAAUUGUGGUACGGUUACAAGGUACACGGGUGGAUGAUGCCAAAGCUUUAAUAACAGACAGCGGUCUGAAAAUCCUGGCCUGCGAUGACUUGGAUGAAGCUGCUAAAAUGGUUGUGAAACUCUCUGAAAUUGUGACCUUAGCAAAACAAGCUCAAGUGGAUGUUAAGUUCCAGCUGCCCAUCUGAUCAAGCCGGCAGAGAUUUUCCAGUACUGUUCUGUUCUCCCCUCCGCUCUUCCUUCCUCCAUAUAAGUGUGUCUGUACAGAGGUUUUAAUGUUUUACUAUUCAUAUAAAACUAUCGUAUUGGUGAGAUCUAUUCUUUCAAGGCCUGCCUCUCCAGUUCGCUGCUCCAGAAACCUACGUUCUUCUCCGUACACUUGUUCAUUGCCCAAAGGAGCCUGAAGUUGAACUGAAGUCCAGAAAGAUUUUUAUAUUGGUCCCAAUGAUGACUAGACUUGUUAGCGCAUCUAUGCAGAAGCUCCACAGCGUGUGGUGCUCACAGGCUAUUUGAAAACAGUUCAUGAACCGUAGGUAAUACUACUGAUUGGUAACAGAGGAAUGUAUCGUAGUGACAUUGUAUAUUGGAAAAAAUAUUUAUAUUUUGCAGUACAAUGAAGUUGAGCAUAUCACUUGCUAUUUAUGAACAGUAAAGUCCCGUUGCUCCUUGGGAUGGAUCCAAGACUGUUGUGUGACCAGAAGGGUCUCCUUGGGAGCAGUUUUUCAAAGGUGGGAGGAAGCAGCAACAUUCUGUGAGCUGAGCUGCUCUCUCUGCCGGUUGAUCCACUCCAAAUGCUUCAGAAGCCAAAAUGAUUUGAGUAGUUCUAAUUUAAAUCAUUACAAAAAUGUAUUGUAGCAAUUAAAGUCUUUCUGGUACAUUUAAAAGUACUGUUUAGUUUUCUACAUGAAUAAAUAAAGCUUAUUUCUUCAGUGCUGGAGCAGAUGUACUACAACUCUUCUUAAAAGCAGUUAAUAAAAACCUCCUUUAAAAGAAA